CUUUGUAGUGGAAAUCCUACCGCCUUAACUAGGUCGUCCAAAAACAUAAUAAUUCCGCUGCACAAAAGGCCGUCAAGUGCAUCUCGGAGAAUUGCGCGGACGCGCUUCAUACCGCGAGCGCGCACACGCGCCACACGGCUAAAAUGAGAGAAAGACGUGGUCCGUCAUUGUCUGGAGAAUAAAACACGUGUCCGUGAGAACUAGAAAGAUGGCUGCUCAGAACAGGAGCUUGGUAGAUGAUGACUCCAGAUACCUGAAGGCGUUCGAGCUGUUUCUGGAACGUUCAUCUGAACACCAGUGUAUGAGAGACUUCAUCCAUAAUACACUUCCAAACAUCCUGUCCACUGUUGGAGCAGGAAAGUCCACUCUGAAUGUUAUGGGGGUGGGAAGCGGAGGAGGGGACAUAGAUCUGGAAAUCCUCACACAGCUGCACACUAAACAUCCAGAGGCCCGAGUGGAGAAUGAUGUGGUGGAACCCAGUGGGGACAUGCUGUAUAAAUAUAAAGUUUUAGUAGCGAAGACGUCAGGCCUCGAUCACAUCACCUUCAGGUUUAAUAAGAUGACGGCAUCGGAGUUCGAGAGCGACUGGAAACAGAGGAACAUUGACAGGAAGUUUGACUUCAUCCACAUGAUUCAGAUGCUGUACUAUGUGAAGGAUCCCGAGGCAACGGUUUCCUUCUUCCGGAGUUUACUGCACAAAGACGGAAAACUCCUCAUUUUCCUGGUGUCAGGAGAUAGUGGGUGGGGUGGGUUAUGGAGAAGGUACCGAGAUCAGGUGCACAGUCGCUGUGUCUCCACCGCAGACAUCACAAGGUUCUUAGACGCCAAAAGAAUCCCUUACGAGAGCCAUGUUUUUGAGUCCAGUAUGGACAUCACAGAGUGUUUCACAGAUGGAGAUGAGAAAGGAGAGCUGAUGCUGGACUUCCUGACAGAGAUCCUGGAGUUCAGUAAGAACGCUUCUCCAGAGCUGAAGGCCGGAGUGCUGGAGCUCCUCAAACAGCCCGAGUGCAGCCGAGAGGUGGACGGCAGGAUUAUAUUCAACAACAACCUGGAGACCUUAGUGCUCACUCCGUAGAGCUGAAACAUGAUCAUACUCUAAAAUAAAGAAAAGACUUGUUUCUAGUUCAUUAUUUUUAGAUUUUAAUUUCAGCUUAGGACGUUAAAUAAAUCUGUCUGAUGUCUGUUGUAAUUGUUUCUAUAAUGUUUACACAGUAACAAACUAGACUUUGUUUCAGAGUUAAAUAAUAAAUAUAGUAUGUUUAAAUAAUAUAAAAAGCAAUCCUUCACUAACAGAACGUGACUUGAACUGAGUGAGAGUUUAUAAAGGAGAUGGACUGUGAUUGUAUUUUGCAUAAUGUCAAAAAUAUAAUAAAUUAAAGAGUAAAAACUAUUUUGAAGAGUUGUC